CAAAAAAGGCUUUAACUUAACCCCAUAGUUAAAACUUUUAAAUGAUUUUUUUUUCUAAACCUUUUUAUAUCCACGCUUUAAUUUCAGAAUAGUCCCCGCUCUAAAGAGCUUGACUAACUGCAUUAAAAUAAAUUUCCCUAUUUAAAAUGUGUAACGCAACAAAAUAUUUAGUGCAAGCUUUCAAUAUGAGGCCAAGCUUGAGCUGUUCGAUCUGCGUAACAUUUCUAUGGAUUUUCGCCUUGAAUGCAAAGGAAACACUUAAAACUGCUCAAACUCGGUUCAUAAACGAGCUCAGCGGAUAUACGAGUGAAUUGGCAAGCAAAAUUAAUACAAUCGAGAGCUUUCUGGCUGAGGUGCGUGCAAAGAGACAACUGUGGAGCACAAACCCCGAGGCUUAUUUAGCCAAUCCGUUGAACAGUUAUGCGCUUAUACGACGCCUGCACGAGGAUUGGAGUUACUUUGAGGCUUACAUGAACGACGCAGUGGGCUCAUCUCAAGCUGCCAAUGUAAAUAAGCUGAUUGAGGAAGAAGCGCCCAAGGUUGAGCAGUUGGUGGAGGCAAUGGAGACGCUUGUACGCCUACAGACCUACUAUGAUUUGGAUGUGGAGCAACUGGCCCAAGGGCUGAUCGAUGGCAAACAGUCCAGUUGCCCACUAAAUACUCUCGAUUGCUUUGCCCUGGCGGAGCUUUGUCAGCAGAAGUCUCUUCCACAAUUGGCAUUUGCCUGGUAUAGAGCAGCUCUGGACAGCUUUAACUAUGCUCAACAAAGCGAGUUGUAUGAGAAAGUUUACGAUCUAACUGUGUUUGAUUUAUACGGCAAAUAUGCAAAUAUACAUUAG